GUUCCGAGGUAGUGACCCAGGCGGCGGCGGCCCGGCCUGGCGCUGGGAGGGGGCGGCUGGGGCCGGUUACCGGGGAGACCGGGCAGGGCCCCGCGCUCCCGGCGCCAUGGCGCACUUCGACACGCAGUACCAGCGCCUGGAGGCCUCCUACAGCGACUCGCCCCCGGGGGAGGAGGAUCUGCUGGUGCACGUCCCCGAGGGCAGCAAAUCUCCCUGGCAUCACAUAGAGAACCUGGACCUCUUCUUCUCUCGCGUCUAUAACCUGCAUCAGAAGAACGGCUUCACCUGCAUGCUGAUUGGCGAGAUCUUUGAGCUCAUGCAGUUCAUUUUCGUGGUGGCCUUCACCACCUUCCUCGUCAGCUGCGUCGACUAUGACAUCCUGUUUGCCAACAAGAUGGUGAAUCACAGCCAGCACUCCAGCGAGCUUGUCAAGGUGACGCUGCCAGAUGCCUUUCUGCCUCCCAGCGUGUGCAGCGCAAGAAUCCAGCAGAAUGGCUUUCUCAUUUCCAUCCUGGUGAUAGCGGGGGUUUUCUGGAUCCAUCGACUCAUCAAAUUUAUCUACAACAUCUGCUGCUACUGGGAGAUUCACUCCUUCUACAUCAACGCCCUCAAAAUCCCCAUGUCCAACCUGCCCUAUUACACCUGGCAGGAGGUGCAGGCUCGCAUCGUGCAGAUCCAGAAGGAGCAUCAGAUAUGCAUCCACAAGAAGGAGUUGACGGAGCUGGACAUCUACCACCGCAUCCUGCGCUUCAAGAACUACAUGGUGGCCAUGGUGAACAAGUCGCUGCUGCCCAUCCGCUUCCACCUGCCUGGGCUGGGCGACACUAUCUUCUACACCCGCGGCCUCAAGUACAACUUCGAGCUCAUCUUCUUCUGGGGGCCCGGCUCGCUCUUUGAGAACGAGUGGAGCCUCAAGGCGGAGUACAAGCGGGGCGGCAACCGCCUGGAGCUGGCCGACAAGCUGAGCGUCCGCAUCCUCUGGAUCGGCAUCGCCAACUUCAUCCUCUGCCCCCUCAUCCUCAUCUGGCAGAUCCUCUAUGCCUUCUUCAGCUACACUGAGAUCCUGAAGCGGGAGCCGGGCAGCCUGGGCGCCCGCUGCUGGUCGCUCUACGGCCGCUGCUACCUGCGCCACUUCAACGAGCUGGACCACGAGCUGCACUCACGCCUCAGCAAGGGCUACAAGCCGGCCUCCAAGUACAUGAACUGCUUCAUCUCCCCCCUGCUCACCAUCGUGGCCAAGAACGUGGCUUUCUUCGCCGGCUCCAUCCUAGCCGUGCUCAUCGCCCUCACCAUCUACGACGAGGACGUGCUGGCCGUGGAGCACGUCCUCACCACCGUCACCCUGCUGGGCGUGGGCGUCACCAUCUGCCGGUCCUUCAUCCCAGACCAGCACCUGGUGUUCUGCCCAGAGCAGCUGCUGCGGGUGAUCCUGGCGCACAUCCACUACAUGCCUGACCACUGGCAGGCCAACGCCCACCGCUACGAGACCCGGGACGAGUUUUCUCAGCUCUUCCAGUACAAAGCGGUGUUCAUCCUGGAGGAGCUCCUCAGCCCCAUCGUUACCCCCUUGAUCCUCAUCUUCUGCCUGCGGCCCAAGUCCCUGGAGAUCAUCGACUUCUUCCGGAACUUCACCGUGGAGGUGGUGGGCGUGGGCGACACCUGCUCCUUCGCGCAGAUGGACGUGCGCCAGCACGGGCACCCAGCGUGGAUGUCAGCGGGGAAGACUGAGGCCUCCAUCUACCAGCAGGCCGAGGAUGGCAAGACGGAGCUGUCCCUCAUGCACUUCGCCAUCACCAACCCCAGGUGGCAGCCGCCCCGCGAGAGCACGGCCUUCAUCGGCUUCCUCAAGGAGCGCGUGCUGCGCGACAGCAGCGUGGCGCUGGCCCAGCAGGCCGUGCUGCCUGACAACGCCCUCUUCACCUCCAUCCAGUCCCUGCAGUCGGAGUCCGAGCCUCACAGCCUGAUUGCCAAUGCGAUCGCGGGCUCCUCGGCCCUGGGGUACGUGAGCCAUGAGUUGCAGGCCUCCCGCCAGCUCUCCGAGGUGGCCUCUGCCCUGCGCUCCUUCUCCCCGCUCCAGUCUGCCCAGCAAACUCACAGCGGCUUCCAGACAUCCGGGUCCCACGUGGAGGGGGCACCGCCCCGGGCCCACAGCACCAUGACGGCUUCUGGCACAGAUGCCAGAACAGCGAGCUCCGGGAGCAGCGCCUGGGAGGGCCAGUUACAGAGCCUGAUCCUGUCGGAAUACGCCUCCACCGAGAUGAGCCUGCACGCACUCUACAUGCACGAGUUGCACAAGCAGCACACGCAGACAGAGCCCGAGCGGCAUGUGUGGCACCGGCGGGAGAGCGACGAGAGCGGGGAGAGUGCCCCAGAGGAGCCGGAUGCUCAGAAGGGCGCCCCCGCCGCCAUCCCCCGCUCUGCCAGCUACCCCUUCUCCUCGCCGCGCCAGGCUGUGGAGGAGUUGGCCACCCUGCAGACGGGCUUCCAGCGCCGAUACGGCGGCAUCACAGAUCCGGGCACAGUGCACAGAGCCCCGUCGCACUUCUCCCGCCUGCCUCUAGGGGGCUGGGCUGAGGACGGACAGUCGGCCCGACACCCGGAGCCGGUUCCAGAGGAGAGCUCGGAGGAUGAGCUUCCGCCUCAGAUACACAAGGUGUAGCUCUGGGGGCUGAGGAUCUCGUGGGAUUCCGGACUCUGGAGCAGCCUGAGCAGCAGGACCCAGGGUCCCGGCCCCCUCCCCUGUCCCGCAGAGGUGGGGCGGGCAGAGGUGCCUAGUGCUGGCGUUCAUGCCGAAGGGACAGAACCACCACGUCAACGCCUUGCAGUGGAAGCUUCUGUACAGACGUGUGUCAAGCCAACAUCACUCUGACUCGUACUCAUGUUGGGUGAAUGCGUGUGUGAGUACAUACGUGUAUCCGUGUCCGCAUAUGUGUUGUCCGUGUUGGAGGGAAUCGGCCGAGAACUGCACGGAGCACCGCAGAGCCUGCGCGAGGCCAGCGACCCGCGGCUGGCAGGGGAGAGCUCCGCGGGUUCCGGCUGCCGGCGGGAGAAGCUACUGUGGAGUCCCUGAGCAAAGCCAGCGACGCCUCUUCCACAGUCCAAAUAAAGACCCUCCUUCAAGCUGCAGCCGGCCCAGCCGGGCCCGGGUUCCCGCGGGGGGAGGGACGCAUCAGAAUCUAUUUUUGUACCAAGGGUGGAGAGUUGGGUUCCCCUGAGGAGGAGCGAGCUGGAGUCCGAUCCCUGCUGGAGCCUUUACAAGGCUGCACCCUCCCCCAAAGCCCGUGCAGCUCCGUGUGUUCUGGCCCCGAACUGUCCUGUCUGUGGUGCGGGGGGUGCCACUGCUCCUGGCACAGUGCUCCCCCCAAGUGAUCCCACACCCCACUUGCUGCUAUUGGCCGUGGGCCCUGGCGCCUCAACCCCUCUAGCUUCAGAGCGCAGACAGCCUGGGCAGCAGCAGAGUGAGCCCCCCCACUGCCCCCUCCCGGCGUGCCAAAGCCCUGCUGUCUCGGGGUUAGAGGGGAGCUCCGUCUCCAGGGCCUCUGCUGAGCCUGCCGCCCCGCGGGCUGCUUCUCAUACUGGGAGCUACACCAAGGCCCCCUCCAGCAGCCUCCCCUUGGCCGGCAGAGCAGGGGGGACAGGCCCACUCCUCUGCCCCGGCCCCCAGUCAACACAAAGGAAAGAAUCGGGUGACUAAAGUAGCUUUGUUCCCCCUUUCCCCCCUCCCUGCUGCGAUGGGGAAGUCUGGCCUGGGCCCCUAGCAUGGGACAGGCUGUGCCUCCCGCCUUAUAAAUCAUUAACACCGGGAUGGCCAGUCACAGCACGGGGAGUGGGUGGCUUCCGCCAAUCAGAGUACAGCUCUGCUAGGUUAUUGAGUGACAGCGGCAGCUCCCAGAGGCCAGGCUGACUGCUAACCCCUCCUCCCUGCAUACACAACUGACAAUGGCCCCCCCAGCCCCGCUCCUGUAGGCCUCAGGCCGGGGCCCCUGCUCCCACAGCGCUGAGCACCUCCUAAGAGCCUGACCGCCACGCUCCUUGCCAGAGCCAGUGCUAGGGGUCGGCCCCAUGGUGCUCUGCACUGUACCCCUGGGGGGCAGGACCUGUGGGUCUCUCCCCAGCUCUGCCACUGGCUUCCUGUGUGAUGGGGGGGCGGAGCUCUUGGCUGACUAAAGCAGGGCUGAGCCGGCUCCCCUGCGGCCUGGGCCACUCUGGCAUCCUGCCUGUUGGGCAGAGCACUGACUAUUCCGGCGGGGGGGCUCUGCUGGCUGUUCCGUUAAUGCCCCCGCUCGGUUCUCCUGAAGGGGCUUGGGACCCCCUGCCUCUCCGUGGUGCAAGCCCUGAGCUUUACUAGCCCAGCCUAUUGGUGCUUUACAGGUUUGAUGAGGGACAAAGUGCUUCAGUGGCCUUUGAAACAGGGCAAGGCUCCAGCAAACCAGCGCCAGGCCGGCCCCUCUCUGCCCUGGGGCCUAGAAGAGACAGACCUCAGGCUCCCUUCGCAGCAGGAGCCAGGCAUGGCCAGAGCACAGCCCUGUGAGAUGGCAGGGCCCAGCGGGCAGUUAGUUCUGUCUCAGGCCUGUGUGGCUGGGGCUACAUGCUGGGAAAUGUAGUCUCUGUGGGUCGCACCUCUGCAUUAGUAGCUGGGUGACGGCCCUCGGCUGUGCUCUGUACAAACUGGCUGGGCAGCGCUUGUCCCCCUGCCGCCAAGGCUCUCUGGGGGGAUGCACUCAGCCUGGAGCUCCUCUUCUUAUCACAGAGCGUCUCCAAGCCUGAGCCGCAGCCCCCAGGUGAGAGCUCUGAGCAACGCUGGGCCUUUCUGAAGGGGUGGCUGGCAGCUGCUCCAGGCUGCGGCUCCUAGAGGCAGGGGCAGGGAGGCGAGGCCUGGAGCAGCCGGAGAACCUUGCCACGUGCUGUGCUUGUGUCUGUCUGUCUCCUGUGUGCCCGUGUGCAUGGCAAGCUGCCCUCCCCCUCCUGUUCCGCUUGUGACACCAGCGGGGGGUGUGUGGGCGCGGAGCUCUUUGGGAAUGUGCUGGCUAACCGAGCUCGCGCCCCUCGCUGUACAGCUAUAGAGCCAUUUAAUAAAG